AUGACGAACUUCCAGAUCCAGAUCAUCUCAGACACCAUCUGUCCCUGGUGCUAUGUCGGCUACCGCCGCCUCUCACGAGCAAUAACCAGCCACCAAGCCACGUACCCAGCAGACACAUUCAGCCUACACUGGAAAGCAUUCUACCUCAACCCGGCAGGAGCCGAGUAUCCCGGCGUGAACAAAGCCGAGAUGUACGCCCGGAAAUUCGGGGCUGAGCGCAUGGAGGCGAUCUUCGCGCGCCUAUCUGCUGUGGGCAAGGAUGAGGGGAUCCAGUUUAGUUUCGGCGGGAAUUCUGGUCUCACGCGGGACUCGCAUCGCUUGCUUUGGUUCGCUGGGCAGCGGGAGGCUGAAGAGGCUAAGAAGGAGGGUGUAAAUGGUGGUGUUGUUGGUGGGUUGCAGACGAGGGUUGCGGAGCAACUGUUUCGGGCUUAUUUCGAGGAAGAGAAGAAUAUUACCGAUUUGAAGGUUCUUUUGGAGGCGGGUGUUGGGGCGGGGUUGGAUCGAGAGACUGUGAAGAAGAUGUUAGAUGAGGAUGUUGGUGCUCAGGAGGUUGAUUUGGAGGCCAAAACGGCGGCCAGGAGGUUGGUUUCUGGUGUGCCGUACAUCUCGGUGCAAGGGAAAUAUCACGUUGAAGGGGCUGAUGAACCCGAGGUCUUCAUGGAGAUCUUUGAGAAGGUGAAGGCCGAGCAGAAGGAAUAA